GCGCGGAGUUACGAGCGUAUCAGCAGUCCACACAGAAGGCUGGCGAGCAGGCGGCGCAGGAUCUCAAGUCGCACGUGUUCCAAAACUACAAUCUAUUCAUCGAGACAUCGCGAGAGAUCGCUAAGCUCGACAAUGACCUGCAGGACAUCCGUGCCCUACUGAGUGAGACCAACAGUAUUCUGAGACAUGUCAACGAGCUAUGUGAAACGGAGCGCGAGGAGGAAGGGCCUGGGGCGAGUGCCCAACAGCAGAUGAAACUCAUGGACAUAGCAGCGCGCAUAGACGGCUGCCCCGCCGACUUUCUAAAGUAUCCAAACCGUCACUUGUUGAUGGAAGAAGACUUCAAGGAGUUAGAGGAGAUGGGUGCAGCUGGAGGGUACCAAGAAGUGCGGACGGUACGGUUUUUUGUGUUCACAGACAUUGUGCUGGUGAGUAUACAGGCGCUGAGUGGGAGUGCCGUGACGGGUACUGACGGGGGCGGCCCCAAAGCACGCAGACCUGCCAUGACUGUGCAGGACGGGGCUGACCAGCGCUACCGGCUCAUGUACAUAUGGGACUUAGAACGGCUCCUGCUGAUCGACAUAAACAAGAACAACCGUGACCCUGACGAGGUACAAAACGCUUUCCGACUUAUGGAGCCACACGCGGGAGUGUACCAGUGCGGCGACCACCAGUCCAAACAAGACUUUCUCUACACCAUCCACACACAGCAGCAACACAUCAAGGAUCUGGCUGCAGUAAAGGGAGACGCGGCCCACCGACAGCGCAAAGAAAAAACCGCCGUGGUAGUUGAACCCACAUCAGACGAUGAAAACUCAGACACAGCCGCCACCGCCCAACACAGCAUGAGCGAGGCUGACCAGGUCGUGUUGGAGGAGAAUGACUGGGUGUUCGAGGCGAGCGACGAUCUGGAUGUGUAUAUAGCGCAACGCGAAUUCGAAAAGGCCGUCAAGUUGAUCCACAAAACUCAAGCGUUUGUGCGGGCCAAAAAGGUGUCCAAUGAAAUGCUCAUGGCUGAGUUGGACGACAUGAUCGAGGUGCGCCAGGAGGAGAUCACGGGUCUGCUCAUGAGCGAGCUCAGUAAUCCCACCAUGAAAAAGAAGGACAUGCAGCGAUGUAUCAAGCUGUGUGUCAGCCUGGGCCAGAACAACCGCGCGCGUGCCAUGUUCCUCAAGAACAGAGGAGGUGGUCUACACAGGGACAUGCGCCACAUUAAGAUCGAGGGGGUGACGGAGGUGUACGUGUACAAGCUGUCGCAGAUGUUCUUCAACUUCAUCCGCACGGUGACCAUGGAGUUUCUGUCAAGUUUCAGCGCCGUUGCCCGAUCGUUCGGGUGGGUGACUAGCCUACCAACUACAAUAUUUUCCGGUGCAGCGCUGGUUGUGUGGGCCGCGUCGCAGGUGGUGCACUAUGUGACGAUAUUCAAACGUCAGGUGUUCAUGGGCGGCAGCUUCUCCACAGCUGUCAAGUGUUUGAUCAUCACACAAGAAAACUCAGCUCCGGUGGAGGAAUGUGGUAUGGAACUGUUCUUUAUAGUCGCGGAGAUGGUCAAGGAAGAGCUACAGCGCAAAGCCACAGAGAAGAUGGAGCUUCUCAACAAACAGGCCGAUCAACGCCUGUCUGCCUCCAGCACAGAGAGAGUGGCAUAUCAACACCACUUGGAUAUGACGAAGGUACAGUUGCACCCGUCAACAAAGCUGUUCUGUGAGCAGACCGAGCAGUUUUCCCAAGACGUUUGUGCACUUGAUGGAAUGGAGAUCGACCGCUUUCUUGUGGAGUGUGUGUGCUCGCUACUGGAGAGUCAAGUGACGCGACUGACUUCCACGGUCAAUGCCACGGACAAAACCAAAGUCCAGGACUUAGACCAGGACCUCCAGUUUGUGGUCAACAAGUACUACGACUCCAUCCGUACUACCGUGGUGAACAAAUAUCCGGCUGCCCGGAAUAUUUUUCGUCUGCAAAAGGUCAGCCUGCUGCGGGUUGUAGAGGAGAAGCGAGAGCAACGUAUAGCCAUGGCACAAGCACCCAAGCUGCCACCGAAAGGCGUUGCACCCAAAGUCCCGCCCAAAGAGAAUGGAAACUCACCCCGGUCGCCCAGGUCACCAAGAUCACCAAGAUCACCAAGAUCGCCGAAAUCGCCUUCGUUAACGGUACCCAAAUCCCCAACAACAUUAGCGAUUCCUCAGUAA